AUGCGUACUGACAGUGGUACAUUUGAGCCACGUGUUACUUGGUCGUCGCAUCUGCUCAGACGAUGUUUGUUCACUUUUGCUUUACCUAUCGCUGGCCUCGCAUAUGUUCUGGCAUCUCCUGGACGCAGCGUCAGACCGGCUGGGCCCACCAUCCUGGCCGCCAUCAUCGGGUUUCUCGCAUGUCUCGCCGUUGCAGAGUGCAUUGGUUUGGCAAUGGAAGCAUUCGACACCAGCGAUCUUCAGCCCGGAGUCAACAGUAAGCACCGCCUGUCGAGUAUGGAGAGCGCCACACGCAGAAGACGCACAAACUACUCGUCCUAUCCACGUGUGUGCGCAGGCAUCUUCGCCGCCCAAGGAUUGGGAUUCUUCAUUGCAGCGGCCGCGACUGCUGUGAGCGGCACUGUUACGCGAGCUCUCGGAGCACAAGCGGCAACUGGAGUCACCGUUGGCAUUCUGCUGGGACUGACCAUGUUGCUCUCGCUCGUAAUGUGGCGCUUCAGAUCUGUUCAAGUCAUUCCGAAUGGAGCCUUUGGGUCUCGCGGAGGAGGCAGUAUGGACGCAAAGGCAGAUCAGGAAUGGAAGCCUGUGGUCAUUGGCAAUCCUUCUGGGAAGAUGAGACGCAUGAACCUGCUUGAGACGGGAUCCUGGAGCAGAUGGACCGAGAUUCGCAAGCUGAACAACCUAGUCAUCGACAAGAAGCGAUACGUGGGUUGA